CUCUGGCUCCAACAUAGAACGUAACCCCCUCUCUCAAACCGGAGUGCAUGGGUCUGGAAGCUGGAGGGGGGCGACCCUUGGGAAGAAACUGUUUUCGAGUCUGUCGGUGAUACUCUUAAUGCUCCUGUACCUUCAGGGAAGGUAGAAACCAUUGAUGCGAGGGAGACGGCUCCCAUGAAUGCCACUGAGGACAUGUUCGGCAACAACACCGAGCUCUCUCGUUCAGGUGCGUUGUCCAUAGCGAUCCCAGGGGAGAUUCGUGGUUAUGAGAUGGCACACAAAAGGCAUGGCAGGCUUCCAUGGAAGGAGCUGUUCGAGCCCAGCAUCGCUUUGGCACGUGAUGGCUUUCCCAUCGGGAAAGCCUUGGCUAACGCCAUCUUCAAGAACAGAGAAUCCAUCCAGGAAGAUGCCAACAUGUGCGAGGUGUUUUGUGACUCUCAAAAACGAAUCCUGAAAGAAAAUGAUAUUGUUCGCUUCCCAAAGCUGGCUGACACGUACCAGAAAAUUGCAGAAGAGGGACCCGAUGUGUUUUACAACGGGACGAUGGCGCAGCGCAUCGUCGAGGACAUCCAGGCAGCAGGUGGCAUCAUCACCCUUGAUGAUUUGUUGGAGUACCAGCCGGUGCUGAAUGAGAAGCCUCYGUCUCUGAACGUUGGCGAAUACACCAUCCACGUGCCGGACGCCCCCUCCAGUGGCCCCGUGUUGGGCCUCAUACUCAACAUAGUGGAUGGGUACAACUUCACAGACACAAGUGUUUCCACAGCGGAGAUGAAAACCCUGACGUAUCAUCGCAUCGUGGAGGCUUUUCGAUUCGCUUACGCCAAGAGAAGCAGACUGGGAGACCCUCGAUAUCUCAACAUCACCGAUCUAAUCCAAAACAUGACAUCAGACUAUUUUGCUGAUGGCAUAAGAAGUAAAAUUACAGAUGACACCACCCAUCCAGACAGCUACUACGAGCCUGAGUAUUUCAUCCCGGAGAACCAYGGCACAGCUCACCUGUCAGUCAUCGCUGAGGAUGGAAGCGCUGUGGCAGCCACCAGUACUAUUAACUUCCACUUUGGGUCUAAAGUCAUGUCUCGAUCCACUGGAAUCAUUUUCAACAAUGAAAUGGACGACUUCAGCUCUCCACACAUGACCAAUGGAUUUGGAAUCCCACCUUCGCCCAACAACUUCAUCCAACCAGGCAAAAGGCCUCUGUCCUCCAUGUGUCCCACCAUAAUCUUUGACAAAGACAACAGAGUGAAAAUGGUUGUAGGAGCAUCUGGGGGCACAAAAAUCACCACAGCCACCGCCUUGGUCAUCCUGAACUCUUUGUUUUUUAACUAUGACCUGAAGAAAGCUGUGAUGGAGCCAAGAGUUCACAAUCAGCUCAACCCGAACAUGACGGUGGUCGAACAGGGCUUCGAGAAGACUGUCCUGGAGGGGUUAGCCCAGAAGAACCACGUAACACAGAUGAGGGCUCCAGACUCUGUCGUCCAGGCCGUGGUGCGGCAGGGGGAGCGUCUCUGUGCCGAGUCUGACCCCAGGAAAGGAGGCUAUCCAGCUGGAUAUUAAACAUCUCUUCCAGUUCUUGUCUGCACCCCACUCAGCGACGACAGUCUGCCUAAAACCGCUUAAACAGACGCACAAGAAAAAGCUGUCUAUGUUGAAGAUUUGUGAUGCCUACAGAGACAGUGCCAUCACUACUUCCCUUCAGAGAUGGAAGCUGAACUAUUUUCAAAACCUAUUUUAUUUAAACAAUCUAUUAAUCUUUUUAUAGUAUUAUUUUAGUGUUUUAAAUUAAGAUGAUUUGCCUUAUUUCACUCUUGUGUCAUCGCUGCUGGAAACUGAUUAAAAUGAAGGAGCUUAAGAGACUAAAGCAGAAACCAAAGGAACAUAAUGUUACUGUUUGUAACAUUGUAUUAAGUUCUUGCUUGAUAGAACAUCCAGCAUCUUAAUAAAAGCAGCCAGGCUWCUGAUUUACUGAGAACACAAUGUAUCAUGAAGGAAUGUUCCCUGAUUUUAUUGCAAACUAUUCAUCUGGGUAGAAUGUUGUCCAUGUGACGUUUUCAGUUCUUUUAUAAGGAAAAACUGGUGCAAUUAUUUGGAUUGUUUAAAAAAAAGAGGGGGUUUGUUUCUAAGGCAAACAGGUGAAAUAUCAUCAGUUAAAACUGGACAUGUGAGCAGGUUUACCAGUUUUACAUAAGGACAUCUCAGGUUGUUCGCCUGCUCUAACAAGCUGUUUACUCCUGACGUACGCGGAUCCUCAAAAGAACAUUAUGUACUGAGAACUCAAAGCACUGUUUUUAUUGUUAUUUUACAGUCAAGGUACUUUUUGUUACUGUUUUCUAUUGACCGGAGAGUCAAUUUCAUGUAUUGUGUAUUCUAAAAAAAAAAUACAUCUUCAGAUAUAUUUUUCUAAACAUGCAUUGUUCUCAUGCUGUUUUGUCACCAUGAUUGUUGAACACUAAAA